GACUGACGCGAUCAGCAGGCGACUAGUGUAGGCGGACAAACAGUGACGGACGUGAAGCAGCGGAGCGCGUACUCCUUUCGGCGAGGUCGAGCGUCGCGAAUGACUCGGUCGUAGCGUCGACGCGGAUUAUGGCUAGCCGUAAGAAGACCGACGAAGAUCCGUGCCGUCGGUCGUCCCUACCGAAACGCCACUUGUGGCCCUCAUCGUCCGACGAGGAGGAGGAGAAGACGGCCGCCCCCUGGUCGCCCUGCGCGACGGCGUGCAAGGAUCCCCCGUCUCCAUCGGGGAACGGGAACGCCCACCUCCCAUUCACGUCCGACGAGAAGAUGAUCGCUCGUUGCCGGAUCGACACCCAGCCCAGGAACAACCCGUCGCCGACGUCGGACCGCUUCGGCAGGAGUCGCGUCGACCCCGUCGAGCAAUCGACAGGUCAAGACGCGUCGACGCGUCGCGACAACAACCCUUUCAGUUUCAAGGCCUUCCUGAAGAACGGCACGCAGCCAACCAACUACCAUAACACCGGAGCGAGGCCGAAGGUCUAUUCGUCCUCUACAUCGAGUCCCGUUGGCAGUGGUGGUGGUGGUGGUGGUGGUGGUGCCCUCGACAAAGACAAUGUUGGCGGUAGCGUUUAUUCCGCCCGGAACCCGACGGAGCUGCCGGACUUUGUGCAGGAUCACCUGGUCAUCGAGCAGUGUUACCUGAGCCACGAGAACGGUCAGCCGGUGCUACCCGACGUCGACAAUCUGCCGGAUUUCGCGCUGAACAGCGUGGAACAGAGGCAAUCUCGAUUGCACGGCCAAAAGGAACGAUCCCCCUUUUGGUUUCGCAAUCGAGAUUGCGAAGCCAAGAGGAACGACUCCGACGUCCUGUGCGACGAUCUACGGUCGUUCGAUCUCACCGAGACGCUGCACAAAGGCAUGCCGCACAGAGACCACCAUCCCCCCUCAAACGCGAUGCAUUCGAAUCACUUGGACCUGCCGACGUUCGAGGACAGACUCAACGAAACCACGCCCGCGCUUUCUCGCCCCGAACGCAAAGGAUUUCCACUCGAUUUACCCUUUCCCGACUCCAAUCCUAGUAUAAGCACAAUCGCGCGAGAUGAUCCUCCAUCGGGCGGUGAAGCGAGCGUUCACAAAUCUCUGCCGGACUUCUUAAGCGAUGGUCCUAUACACAACAGAUCGUCAGAUUCGGAACCUACUGCGAACAUGGCGGAAUCCACAGAAACGAGGCUUUUGCUUGAGAACGAAAGAUUACGUCAGCAAUUGGAGGUGUCUCGAAGGCAACUUAAUGAAAAAAUGGAAAGAAUUCGUUCGUUGGAGACGGAAUUGUUGUCUAAAAAGGAGGUCGAGCACGAGGAAACCGUACACUUGGAAAAAGCGAUGGAGCAGGUCGAGGAUAAUUUGAAACGAAGUACAAAACGGGCAGUUAAUGCUGAGAGCACUGUCACGUCGUUGAAGAAAAAAAUUAAGGUUCUAACGACAGAGAUAUCUCUGCUGCGACUGGAGAACAGUGAACUUCGGGCCGGCAUCUCGACUUCGACCGGACAAAGUGAAUCGACGCACGCUGGUGCCGUUAAUAUGAAUCGCACGGUCAGAAGGCUCGCGCGUGAUUUAUUUGCGGCUGCAUCGUCGGCCGAAGUAUCCCUCAGACAAUUAAUGUCCGGUGUGGACAAUCUGAGAGUGCUCGCAUCGACCCUCGAGAACGUGGACAGGAUAGAAGACUGGACCAAAGACUUUUUACCUGAUUCCGACGAGGACAAUGCCGCCGGUCCUGCAGUAUAAUAGAAUUUUCUCUUUUUCUCUCUAUAUUAUAUAUACACUUAUAUAUAUAUAUAUAUAUAUACAUUCGUAUUUUCACACUAUUCCCCUUUUUAUCACUUAAUCAUAUAUCCUAUCAUUCCCGUAAUUUCCUUGCGCGCGCAUCCACCGAUCCAACGAUUGAUCGUUUCAUCAAUCGUUCAUGCAUUGCUAUGCAAUGUAUUUGAACGUAAUUAGAAUUCAUUAUUCAGUUGUUCCUUGUUACUUACACUUGUUGCGGAAUUUUUAAUUCUCAUCCCUCUCGUACCGCCGCUCAGACAAACAUACCACAACGCAAGAUCGCUUCGAUCUGAACGUAAUACAUAUUAUUUAUAAAAUAUUCGUUAUAUUUGUGUAUUUUUGUGACGAUUUGUAAAAUUUAUUCAAUCGAACGACGAUGCAAAGCUGCAGAUACAUUUCCGAUCGUAUCGCGACCUUCCUCGAUUAAAGGAAUAUAUUUUCUUAGCUGUAUAUUACUUAUAUGUGUAAACGAAAGAAUGCGAAUUUAAAAAAAAAUCGAAAUUUCACGUGAUACUAUCGCGAAGCUGACAGUCAGCUUAAAAGUGUUCGCAUCACGCAAAACACGGCACGUGAUGUAAAGCUAGAAUAUAUAUUUUUGACAAGAGAUACCAGGACUCUUACCGCGUAUACGAUAUGUACCCCACGAGGCUUUAAAAUAGAAAUACAAAAAAAAACAGAUGUACAUUUAGUCCGAUUCCAGUCCAUAAAUUUACCGACAAAUUCAGAUCACAAUGCAUGUAUAUAUUGCGAAAUAUUAUAAUAUUUAUUUACGAGAGAAUCAUCGUAUGUGGAUACAUAUACAUGCGGGAUACACUCAAAUGUCUGCGAGGCAUACUUUGGUAUUGAAAAAAAAAAAA